AUGAUUUCAACACAUUUGAAGGAGAAAUUCGACGUACACGACUUGGAGGAGGCGAAAUUUUUCCUCGGCAUGGAGCUGACGCGCGAAAGGGAGGCGCGCACCCCGAAACUGACACCAAAGAAGCUGACGGGAGGGCUAGUCGGACAAUACGGACAGGGGAGCGGAACGGGGGACAAAUUGACAAAGGGGGUGAGCCCCUCGACACAAAGCGGUUUCCCUAGACAAGCGGUGAAGGAGGCGCUGUGGUUCCGCAAGCUUGGGGGAGAUCUUGAGUUGGACUUCGGGAUGGUCCAGAUCUACUGCGACAACCAAGGGGCACUAUGGCUCCUCAAGCAUGCAAUCGUUUUACAGCGAUUGAAGCACAUUGACGUGAUUCACUACUUUGCACUGGAGCGUGUGGCAAGCAAGGAGGUCGCGUUUGCGUACUGCAAGACGGAGGACAUGACCAUGACCAAGGCGUCAGCACCGAGGAAUUCUUGA